AUGGCCUCUGUGUUCAUAUCUCAAUUUCUGUAUUCCAUUGGCGAGUUCUUAAUAAUCGAGGCCAAACUGCAUCCACCCAUAGAUGCAGGCGAUGAUCACCUUAACUUCCUUCUGUCGGACUCUGUUGCACUGCUAUUAGAAGAAGCUUUUGCGUCUUCAAACCAAAAGGGUUUUGAAGAAGUGCUCUACGCGGCUAUAAAGUCGGCCGCCUACUCUACCUGCCUUCCAAAGGUUGCCACUGCCGAGGACGCUGCUGCUUCUCUCAGCAGCCAGUCAAUUAAUGAAACGUCUAGUGAAGCGGAAUUAGUGGAAUACAAUCACCUUUUAGAGUCCAUCUUCGCUGACUUUGAGGCUUUUUUGGCCAAUGCCUUCCCCGUCAACUCCAGUGGAGAUGUUGACGCCUCAGUCUCAGCACCUUUAUCGCUUCCAAAGGCAUCAACAAGCAGAAAAGAUGCUUUGGAUCGGCUUGCUGAGAGGCUCUCUGCUGUAUGUCCUAAAAUGCGAACACCCUGUGGUCGUAUCUUUGAAGAACAGGAACCGACAUUUCGUUGCAAUAUCCUGACAAUAACCUCUGUGCAGUUAUUGGCUAUUCAUAAUAUGACAUCCUUUUUAGCGAUGCAUGCAUCGGGCGGUGGCUACUGCGAUUGUGGGGACGAGGAGGCAUGGACAAGUGGUGCCUGGUGUCGAAUCCACGCAGAGGAGAGUGACGAGGCCAUUGCCUCGAACGUGAGUGUCUUUCGCUCUGUUAACGAGGAGCAAAGUCUCGAGAUGAAACGCGUGGAAUCUAUCCUCUCCAAACUUCCCAAAGCUUUGGUGCGCCGAUUUGACUACCUCCUCCAACCCCUCAUUAAUACCGCUUCUCUUGUACUCUUUCAACUGCUUCAGGGCUCAGCUCGUAUUGAUUGUUCGCCGUUAAGUAGUGUCCUCGCUGACAAGAAUGAGGUCGAACAGGCUUUUGAUAAACCUAGUGAGGACAACAAUUGGCCACCUAGUUUGGAUCAUCUUUCCAACACCGCUAUUGAAUGGGACGCUACUCAGCUGGGUCUCCGUAGCUUUCCGCGUACGUGCCCGCGAACCUGUGAUGCUCAAAGCAUGGAGCGGCGGUGUUUGGAUCAGCUUGCCAGAGCUCACAGCCUCCAUCCUGCUCUAUUUGAUGUUACUGCAUCCUCUGCUGCAGAAUCUAUCGCUAUGGCUUCGAACAAACAGUACAUUGUGGUGCUUUACAACAACGAAUUUCACAAUUAUGAAGAUGUCAUUCGAAUUAUCCGGCGUGUCGAUGGUUGUACCUCCAAGCAAGCCACUCUGUUCGCCAUCAUUGUUAACCGUGAUGGUAGAACACCACUUCUCACAAACCUCACCCUUCAAGUUGCAGCCCAGAAGGCGGCUAGAGUUUCGCAAUCUCCAGGGUCACGUCACCUGGUGCGUCCGCUGCGUGCGGCCGUAAUGGAGCAAGGUGUGUACGCGAUAGAAAACUUCUUCGUAUCUGUCUUACGCUGGCUCGAGCGUCUGGCCACCCGCGUGUUGCCGCUGCGUCCCCUCAUUUGCAAUGCUCUCCUUGGCCGCUUUUUGACAAGUGCGGAAGCCUCAAGUUCCACUUCCCUCGUUCUCCCCCCCUCUGAGAUGAUGCUGGAGAAUAGCCUCCUAUGGAACUUCUUCCAUCGGCUAACUCUCUCUCAUCGAGGUGUUCGGAAGACGGCAUCUCGACUGAUUGCCAGUGUGCUGCUGCAGGAACCCUAUCAUCGACGUGUCUUUGCCAUUGGAUUCACCCAGCUAUAUGAUGUCAUUUCCCAAGCCUACGCCUACGACGAUCAUUUGAAGGCCGAUACUCUUCUCAGUAUGACAUGCCAAUUCUACACUGUUACCAGUCUGGUAAGAUAA